CACGCCAUCGUCCACAGGGGUCAUUCUUUUUUGUGUCUCCUGAUAAAACGAAUAAUGGCGUCAGGGAAUUUCAACAUGGUGAAAGUCACACUACUUGGUGUGCUGUUGGUAGGGGUUUUUAUUCAGGCCAGCCAUGGGAUGGAUGACCAGGUAAUAAACCGACCCGUCGUACCAUAUCCAACAACCAGGAAGGCUGUCGUGAUGCAAGACAUAGCGAAUAAUUUGGGACCAGACAAGCCAGAGAGUUCUGGAGUUGGGGACCAGAUUAUAAACCGACCCGUUGUUCCAUAUCCAACGACUAGGAAGGCAAUGGUUGUAAAUUUUGGGUUGGAUAAUGCACAGGAGGUGGGUCAAGUUGAAGAAAUUCUACAAAUUGAUAAACGACCUGUCGUUCCACGUCCCACGACUAGAAAGGUUCCACAAUUUUGAGAAACGGACAACAAAUAAAUUGAAACUAAUUUAAUCCAGGAAUUUUAUAAAUUUGUGGCAUCGAAAAUGGCAUCGAAAUAAAAAGUCAAGUUAACGUU